GCACGCCACGGCAAACCCGCCGCAGCCGUCGCACGGUCACGAACGUUCGUCCAAGUCUCGCGGGAUGCUGCGCCAGUAGCACUCAGUAUCGCGGUCAGAUAUUGAAUAUUUAUUGUGCGCCGCGUUAACAAACAGUGUGGACAAAAUAGUGCAGUUGUGAGCUCGGACAGGCCGGCGUCGAUCAGCGCCUUUCCACCGGAUUAAUCCCGCACCGAUUGACAGAUGUGAGGCUUCGCCGCCGCCGCCGAUUCGAGUCUGCCGAGCGGCACCUGCACGUCACAAGAUGCGACGUCGCCCAUGUUAAAGCACAUGCUGACCCCCGCGUCCCCGGGGCCGCGGGCCCAGCCAGUGGACCUGCUGGGCAUGCCGCGGCCGAACCACCACCCGCGAGGCGGGCACCCGCUCAACCUGAGUCUGCAGUCGCACCACAGCGGCCGGCUCAACCACUCGCACCUCUCCACCCUGAGCACCUCGAAGCACUCGCUGGGCGGCAACUCGAGCAGCGUCAGCCCUGGCACGGCACCCCUGCAACCCUCGCUCGCCCUCGUGCACUCGACCACGCUGCCGCCCGUGCUGGCGCCGCCCCCGCCCAUCAAGAUGGCCAACGGCGGCCUCCACCUGGCGCGAAGGGUGCCACCUUCGGCCACCCAAAUCUCCAGGGAACCCACCCCCAAUGGGGUGGCGUCCGGCGGCGGCCACCAGCCCGGCGUCCGCGAGAUGAUGACCUCCCUGGGCCUGCUGUGCCUGGUGUCGCUGCUGCUGGCCCUGCUGGCGCUCAUCUUCCUGCUCAAGAUCUCGCCAGCAGCCGAAGUGGCCCCCAGGGGCGGUGAACUGAGUGCGGUGACCUUCGAGGAGUAUGUGGUCGUGUACGAAGUGACGCUGGCGCUGUGCGCGCUCACCCUGUCGCUCAACCUGUGCUGUCUCUUAGUGUGUGCCAUUCAGUUCCUCUUCGCGGUGAAACUGGCCAGAUCAGCGCAGGACGGCGAGAGGACAAACAAGUACCUGCAAAAAUCGUCCGUGACGCGCAUCUGUGCCGUCGGCGGCUUCUUUGUCUCCAUUCCAGUCUUUCUGACAGGGAUCAUCCUGUACACGUUCAUCCAGUUCCACUCCACCCCCGCCAUUAUCACGAGCAUCUUCAUAGGACUGGGUAUCAUUUUCUGUGGCUGUGCGAUGGUUCACAACGUCUUUGUCUGGCAGAGAGAAAAAACAAACGCGGUGAAAGCUCUGGCUCAGCAGCAGCGGCAAUUGUCCGUGUCCACGUCCGAAACGACCUCCGGCGGCGACAGCAGGGGUCUGCACCUGUCCUUGCGCCAGGACACACCCGUGAUCCCCGGCUCGCCCAAUUCGAUGCCCGCAGCGACCCUCGACCUCAGUGCACUUGUUCUAAACCCGCACGAACUCUCCACGCUGGUUUGAAAAACAAGUGAAUUAUUGUGGCCGGACCAAAAAUAAAAUGCAAUUCGUCAGUGCUUAUUUUUAUAAUUAACUUAUUAUCGACGGACCAAAAGUGAAAAGUGUGUGUGUAAAAUAUCUUGUUUUUUCUUGCACCAAAAAAGCAGCCGAUAUUCUUACCUGUUGUUGUCUUUUUAUAUGAGCGUAUUUUCUUGUUUAUCACAAGUGAAAGGUGUAAGUCUCGAUUGUAACGAGACUUUGUGUAUUUUCCAACUUUCGUUCAUUUUUAUAAUGGAGUUUAAUUUAUACUGAGAAACGAGUUGGUCAAUAUUUGCAAUAAAAAGGAACUUGGCAAUCUUGAUUUUUCCUGAA